ACCCACCCCCACCCACCUUCCCAGCCGUCUCCUUCCUCGGCUCUUCCUGUUCGAACUUGGCUUCCCCGAGCGAGACGAGAGCUCACCCAGCCGCCGGUCGCGAGGUCAGGUCACUCACCGCCUCGCCGCCAGCUGGUUUUCAGCGUGUCGUCCGCUCCGGCGAUCGCCGGAGAGGGGAGUCCGUCGGCGGAACCCGGUGAGUUCCCGAUCCCGGCCCCUGGUGCGGGAAAACUCUGAAUCAAGCACCGGGAAACAUCGGAUCUGGUGUGAUUCCUCGGAGCUCCUGGACUGGGACAGGCACGCUGCGAGCUUGGCUUCGCGGUGAACUGGUUCGAGCCGGCUCGCAGAUCGCGGCCGGGUAGCUGCCGAAUGGGAGAUCGGGGGGCGGCCGCGGUGGCGAGAUGGUGACCGCGAGCUUCAGCCGGAGCACGUCGGCGCGGCUCACAGCGAGGGGCGGCGUAGGGAGCCCCCGGGUCUCGUCCGCGGCGGCCGCGCACCGCAAGUGGUGGGGGUCACCGUCCGGCCCGUCUUUCGAGAGCACCGUCGCCCUGGCCCUUUGCCUGGCCUCCGCCGCGCUCGUGCUCUCCUGCGGCCUGUACCUGUAUGUUUCCCGGUACCUGGGCCAGGGCCAGGGCCGCGCGGUCGCCGAGUUCGCCGGCGACAGUCUGGACUCCUGCAACGUGUUCGACGGCAGCUGGGUGCGGGACGAGAGGUACCCCCUGUACAACAGCUCCGAGUGCCCGUUUGCGGAGAGGGGGUUCAACUGCCUCGCCAAUGGCCGGAGGAACACCGAGUACCUCAAGUGGCGGUGGAAGCCGCGGCAGUGCGACAUGCCGCGCUUCAGCGCCCGAAGCGUGCUGGAGUGGCUGAGAGGGAAGAGGGUCGUGUUUGUGGGGGAUUCAAUGAGCCGAACACAGUGGGAGUCCUUCAUCUGCAUGCUCAUGACAGGGGUGGACGAUCCCAAGAAGGUUUAUGAGGUGAAUGGCAACCAGAUCUCGAAGACGAUCCGAUUUUUAGGAGUGAGGUUUGAGUCAUUCAACCUCAGUGUGGAGUUCUUUCGAUCGGUGUUCCUUGUGCAGCAGACCCCUGCUCCUCCUCUACAUGUGACAAAAAGGGUCCGCGCGAUUCUCAAGCUCGAUAAGAUGGAUGAUCUUAGCAGGAAAUGGGCGAACGCCGACGUGCUUAUUUUCAAUUCAGGACAAUGGUGGACUCCCAGCAAAUUAUUUGACAUGGGUUGUUAUUUUGAGGCUGGAGGCUUGCUUAAACUGGGAACAUCAGUUAAUUCUGCUUUCAAAAUGGCACUGGAAACAUGGGCUUCAUGGGUCAAGGAAAAAGUGGAUUUAAAACGAACACGUGUCUUCUUCCGGACAUAUGAGCCAUCUCAUUGGAGUGGCUUGAACCAAAAGGUAUGCGAAGUAACAGAAAGACCUACAACCGAGGCCAUAGGAGCUGACAGGAGUGAAUUUAGGGAUAUACUUGCUGAUGUUGUUGCGAACAUGAGCGUUCCUGUCACUAUACUGAAUGUGACUUUGAUGGGGGCCUUCAGGAGUGAUGCGCAUAUUGGUAUUUGGAGUCAUCCUUCUACCAUACUUGAUUGUAGCCACUGGUGUCUUCCCGGAGUUCCAGAUGCUUGGAAUGAGCUAAUAUUUUCUCACCUUUUGACGGAUGUUGCCAUCAACGAGAGGCAAAGGCAACCCAAAGAGGAAAGCGUGCUGCCGUGCGGUUCCGCGAUUUCAAGUGCCCCUGGACCUAAACCCUAGUGGCUGCCUCCGAGGAAAAAAGUGUGGUGGCCUGGGGGAUUUAAUCCGGCGGCGACACUAACGGGGGAUGAGGUUGGUUGGGGGAGAUUGCACGGGUGGAACAAAAGCAAACUUUGCUCAAAGCGCACUCUGUCGUUGGAUGCACACGGAAAAAGGACUUCGGCGCCACCAAGAAUUAAAUGUGUUUUUGAAUUUCUGUAAAGGUACUUUUGUAAGUAUUUAUGCUACUUAAUAUAUGGUCUUUAGCGAGCAGGGCAUGUGUAUAAAGUUUGACGGUGAAAUACAUUAUGAGCAGAUCUACACAAAAAAAACAAACAAAUUUGUCCA